AUGGCGACAGUGGAAGCAGCCCUCGCCUUCGUGCAAACCUCCAGCACACCCAAACUCACCGUCUCCUUCGACGGCAAAGUCGUAGGCAACGGCGAGCACAUCCCUAAAGCCGAAACCCACGUCGCGCCCACUGUGAGCCUGACCUCCCCAGGAAGUGACACCUACCUAGCCCUCUGCGUCGACCUCGACGCCCCCUUCAUCAGCUUCCCCUUCCUCUCCCCAAUCCUGCAUUGGCUGCAGCCCGGCCUCCGAGCCGGCGCCACUUCGAGCUCCGAGAGCGGCGCGACUGAGCUGACAGCGUCUGACACGCCGUACGUGUUCGACUACAGAGGCGCAGGACCUCCGCCGGGGGCUGCGCCGCAUCGGUACGUUUUUCUGCUGUACCGGCAGCCGGAAGGGUUCGAGGGGAAGGUUUUUGGGCAGCCGGACGAGGGUCAGAAGGUGGGACUGAUGAAGAGGGUGAGGUAUGAUUUUGGAGGGUUGGUGGCGAGGGCAGGGUUGGGGGAGCCAGUUGCUGGGAGCUGGGUGGUUAGUAAUUGA